AUGCCAAAUCACUUCACCCCUCUACCACCCGAAUCAACCUCUUCUACCAUUCCUACCUCUCUUCAAAGAGAUCGGGAGGGCGAAGAAGAGCUGGUACCAGAAGACGAUGAUGAACCUCCAACUCCCGAACAAAAUCCCAUCAGUAUGCUAGAACCUGAACCUGAGCCUGAGCCUCAAAUAGAAUUGCGUCCAAAGAAAAAAGCCAAACGACUAAAAAACUCAUCAUCAUCACCAUCAUCCAAAACACCCACCGCCACAACAUUGAUUACUACCUCACAUAUCGAUCUGGCCAAUACCGUCUCUUCUUCACCUUUGGAUGACGAUUUGAUCCACCCGAAACGACCCAAGAUCAAAUCCAAUAAUGCAUUUUGGAGGAAAGCCCCGCCUCCUCCAUCGUCAUCAUCUUCUGGAGGUUCACAUGGUGAGGGAAGUAUGAAGACCAAACAUACGGAAUUCCCUUUUGCAGAUUACGAACUUGGACUUAGACCUUUGACAUGGCCUUCAUUAGACGAUACAGCUGUGAAGACUUUGGGUAUCCCAGCUUCUCUACCUUCUUUUCAACAUACCUUAGACCAGGAUAAAGAGUAUAACGAACCUUUCUUGUAUACUCGUUCGGAUCUGAUUAGAUAUAGAUUAGGUAAAAGUCCCAACUACACUACGCAGGUAAAAGCUCAACCACAAGUUGGAAGGAGUGGUAGUGGUAGUGGUAGUGGGAGUGGGAGUAGAGAAUUAAUGGAUAUGACGAUUGCUGAAGGAGCUUGGAAGAAAUGGGAGGAGAUUGGUGGGAUACCUAAAGGUUUGGCGGGGGUGAUUCCCUAUAGCUUUGAUGGGCAUGGGAAUGUCUAUAAGCCCGAUCUAACGCAUGUCCAAGCUAUACGAUUGGUCAUAGCUGCUUCGCCCAGAGGCAAGAUGACCUUAUCGCAAAUCUAUCAAGCUUUUGAAGAGAGGUGGCCAUGGCAUAAAACAGCAGGAAUGACUUGGAAGAACUCCAUCCGACAUAAUCUAUCAUUGAAUGAUUGUUUCAUCAAUGUCGAAAAAGCCACAGCUCAAGAAGGUGGCAAAGGUGGCUAUUGGAUUGUGGAUAAUUCGCAAUCAGGUAGAACAGCACGUAAAUUAAAACGGUCCGCACCCAAUACCAAUUCCAAUUCAACCUCUGAAGAAUAUUCCUCAUCACCCACCAAAUCGACGUUCAAGGAGCGCGACCUCCUAACUAAGGAUAGAUUAUCAAUCUCUGGCGAGUCGUCUCCAGCCACUAGAAAUCCAAAUGUCGACGUCUUCUCUCCUGUACUAUCUAAUCCUCUAGAUAAAUAUGACCUCAAUAAAAGCUCAGAUGGUGGUAUGACAAAAGGAAAAAACAAAGCUACGAGCAUCACUAUUGCCAAACCCGCUGUACCGUUUCCUUACACCUUACCUCAAAGAGAUAAAAGUUGGAUACCCAAAGAGGUAGUUAGGAAAUCUAGAGAAAUAGGUAUACAGAGACCGCCUCAUGAUACCCCUUUGGAUCGACCUCAACAAUUAAGUUCACAUACUCCGAUAGAUGGUCGGACUGGUCAAGAUCAUGGCGAGGGAGAAGUAGAAGGAUGCAGAAGUUUGAAAGCUUUCUCGAAUGACAUUUCGCCUUUGGAGUCUCAAUAUUUCACUACUAGAGCUGGUAUACCGGAAUUACCAAUGGUUGAACCGAGAUCAAGAUCUAUAUUCUCGACAGCCAGUCAGAGACAAGGUGAAGGAAAUGGAAAUUGGAAUGGGAAUGGAGAUCGAGAUGACAAACUACCCAAUUUGGUACAAGCUGUAUAUGAACCAGGUGGGUUGGAAGAUAAUGUGAGGCUACCUCCUGUACGAGUGAAGGAAGAUCAGCUGGAGGAUGGGGAUGAUGAAGGAGAGGAAGAAGGAGAUUAG